AUGCAUUUAUUUCCAGUUACAUCAAAUUUUGCUAAUUUAGCUAGUCGUUUAUUAUGCCAUAUAGCUGGACUUGGUCUUGAAACACAUAUAUUUGCACCUGAAAAAUUACUUUUAUGUGUCUUUCGACAAGUAUCAUCACAUACAGAUAUACAUUCAAUUUUUCAUUUAUUUGGUGAACCAUUAUUUGUUUUAUCUCAUCAAUUGAACAAUUAA